AUGAGACUUUAUGUACAGAACACUCGUCCACAAGCCUCAGCAAUUACUUCGGUUCAAUGUCUGGGAGAGGAUGGAUUGGUCGUUGAUUGGAAUCCCGGCUACGAUGCAGGAUUGCCUCAAACAUUCACGAUUCACUACGAGAAUGUCGACUUGAAUGAAGAAAAGGGAACUUUACAAACAAAAGAGACGCACGCUGAAUUGUUUGGUCUUUCUCGUUUUUCUCGUUAUCGUUUACUGAUCGAAGCACGGAAUUCUGAAGGAUCGAUUAAUUCGAGUUAUUUGGAAAAAAAUGUUUGCUCGAAAUUGGUUGCUCCUUUGUCGAUGGCUGUCAUCAAUAAUAUGGUAAGCUGGGAACGCUCGGAAGGCGCUCAAUUGUAUCGUCUUGAGUAUCGAGGAAUGAAAAGUGAUAUGGAUGGCUUUGUGGAAAUGGCUGAAGUCAUUUCCCCACCAUUUCUCCUUCCAUCCAAAUCGAUGUCUCUCACAAAUUCUCCAGAAAUCGAGCUACGAGUGCGAGCUCUUCGCCCGAAUUACACUCAAAGUGCGCCGAGUGAUUCGAUAUUCUAUCGAAGAAUCGAAUCCUCUCACGAGCCAACUCUUUGGUGGAUGGCUGCCGUUUACGAUCGUGAACAUGCGCCUGGCGAUAGUUAUAUCGAUGGAUCGACGAAAAUAAUGGAAGAUCGGCGUGACAGUGGGAAUUGGUCGGGAUCGAGAAACGACGCUUUAAAUGGGUUAUUGAGAGAACCGUAUUCAUAUGAUGAAUUGGAGAUCGAAUGCUCAUCAGCUGUCGAGGAAAUGUUCCGCGAGCAAUAUUUGUAUGGAAUUGGGAAUGGAUUGGGGAAACACGGAGAUUUCGACGGAUCGGGAGAAACGACGACAAUCGAUGGAGAGACAAAAGUUGAUGGCUCCGGAAUGGAGGUCGAUUUGAAUGUCACCGAUUUGACGACACCCCAAAUCGAGGCUGAAUCCACCGUUGAGGGAUCCGGGCAAUCACCAAUCAUCGAGACAGGCCCCGUUGAGAAAAAGGGAGAUCAAUUCGCGGCAAUCAUCACCGUUGGCACGAGCACUCAAGCACAAACUGAGACAACAAAGGGCAUGGAGAUCACAGAAGGAUCGGGUGAAAUGAACGAUGGGAGUGGAGAAGAGACGACAAUCACAAUGAUUACAGAAAAAGAUGAUGCUUUGGCGAGAGAAGAAGCAUCUUCAUCAACACAACCAGAAGAAUCAGCAGAAGGGGAGAGCCCGCUUUCUGGAUAUGAACAAGGAAAUGGUGAAAGAAAUGGAGAAACGACCUCAAAAGAAACGAUCAAAGAAACAGAUAAGCCGGAGCGUGGUGGAUAUGCAUCGGAGAAAUCGGGAGAUCAUGGAAAAUACUCAACUACAACUGUUGCCACGGAAAUCCCUCAAGCAAGCACACCAAUCGAUCAUAAAGACAAAGAACCGACCGAUUCGGAAGAGAUCGAAGUGGCCGAAUUGAAUAAAGAUGCCGAGAAACAUAUGACUGAGCAAGUGACAGAGAAAAUAAAAGAGGAACCGGCGAAAAGUGAAACAACACAAAGCACAGCUGCUGCUGGAGAUCCGUAUGCGGCAAUCGUUCUACCAGCGGAGAGCAAAGAGUCAACACCAUCUACAGUCACAACUACGGCAUUUGACACAACCAAUGCCCCAACCAUCAAAGCUGAAACCAUCAAAGCAACCAAUGCCCCAACCAUCGAUUCAACCACACAAGAAACAACUUCCGAAAAGCCAAUCGCAUUCACAGAAGAGCUAAUUUCAACGACGACAACUAAACCCGAAAACUCAAGCGAUCAGCUUAAAACAACGACCACAACUUUUGAACAGAAUGGAAGCGUGUUGGCUAACGAGAUUUCCGGUGAGCAGCCGAAAGAAUUGAGCACUGAAGAACCAACAGCAACAACAGUGAAGCCAAAAGACGCGUAUCCGACACCACCACCAACAAACCAAGCUACGACAAAAAAACCCGUCGAGCCACCAGGAUUGGAGCCAAAAAUUCAUCCAUCUGGCUACGAGGAGGGGAAAGGCCCGACAGGACCCCUUCAACCGGACACAAAACCCAUCGAUCCAUCGCAUGCUGUCGGCUAUCCGGGAAUCCCGCCAAUUGAGAAAGCGAAAAGUCGACCCGAGCGUUUCCUCAAAAAUCCCCUCUUCGAGUCACGCGGCACUCGUAAGGAGCUGAUGCCGACGGCGAAGAUCAUUGCCGAGAAAUCGUUGAAGAAAACUUGGCGUCCUUUCGUCUUCGAUUGUGCCACUGAAGAGGACGAAAAGGGGCCACUCUGUCGAGAUUGGGCAGAUGGUGGUCUGUGUGAGCGACACCGUCCCACGAGGUUCCUAUUUUGUCGCAAAACGUGUCUCUGCGUCGGUCCACCGCAUCUUAGA